GGCGGGUUUCCCUUUCCGGUGCAGCCCUCAGCCUGCCAUAGCGACUUGGUGCUUUUCUUCAAUGCUGACGUUGUCGAUUCAAUAUUCAGAGCAAUCUCUUGACUCUCGCGCAUAAGGAACCCGCGGUCGGCAAAGCUGAGGAGCACAUUUCAAGUACAGCCUGGCAUUCUUCCAGGAAUCUUGGCCGUCCUUUUUCAAGAUGCCAUCAACACCACCCUGGACCACCACCGGGAUCCUCGCCACGUCGAGCAUCGACCCAUAUUUCGCAGAAGCUCUUAAGACCAACCUCCUCAGUCCGGAAUCCAAUUGCACCAUCACGACCCUCAAGGAAGAAACCGCAGCUGCCCUGCCGGUCCUUCAAAAGUCGCUGUCAGAAAGUCGUCCACAUGACAUCACCGAGACGACCCAUUCCAUCAAACUGCGCGACGACUAUCCCUCGCGCAUCAUUGUAUGUCAUCUGACCUCUGCCCUGUCGGAUGCAACGCCACGGCCGCUGAUCUUGCUCUUCCAUGGCGGCGGCCACUGCGUCGGACACCCCGAAUUCGAACUUCCCUUGGCACGGCAACUCGCCCUGGCGCAUUCCGCCAUCGUGGUCUGCGCAUCGUAUCGCCUCGCGCCUGAGUUCCCCUUCCCCUUCUCCAUCUGCGACGCCUGGGAGACGCUCGAGUUUGCAGCCAGCGAGGCGCGCAAGGCGAAUUCGGCUGUCUUCCCGCGCUGCACAGAUGCCCGAGUCGGGUUCGUCGUCGGUGGUACUUCGGCUGGUGCAAACCUCUCGGCAUCACUAGCACAUGUCGCGCGAGAUGGCAACCUGCAUCCACAAUUGACUGGACAAUUCCUCUGCGCGGGCACUUACAUAUCGGAACAUCAUGUGCCGGCGAACUACCGGGAUCGAUAUCUGAGCUUUACUCAGAAUGAGGAGGCGCCGAUGCUAGGUAAGACCAUGUUAAACAUGUUCCGAGACGCGUUCCAGCCAGAUAUGACGAGUAAACUGUACAUGAGUUUCGACCAGCAUCAUCCGGCCGACGAGGGAACUGGGUCGGUUCGGCAUGGACAUAUGGGUGUUCCGCCGGCAUACUUUCAAGUGUGCGGGAUGGAUAGGUUUCGUGAUGAUGGGUUGAUUUAUGAGAGGGUGCUGCGAGAAGAGUGCGAGGUGCCGACGAGGUUAGAUUUGUAUCCAGGCUUCGGUCAUUGCUGGUGGGCUACGUUUCCGCAGUUAGAGAUGAGCAAGAAGAGGAUGAGGGAUGCCGUGGAAGGAGUGGGCUGGUUGCUAGAUCGUGGGAUCGGCGAGAAAGGCUGAUGUACACCAGUG